GACGUAUAUGAUAAAGGUAACAGAACUGCGGCCCCCUGCUCCCAUUUCUACACUCAUUGUCCAGAGGGAGAGCCAGCAGCACUUCUAGGCUUUCGCUGAAAUCAGUCGCGUACCUGGAAAGAAAAAUCAAAACUGUGAAGUUAAAGGAUCUUCAUAUAACACAACUUCCACUGACAUCUAAGCUCCUGACUCAACGCUGAGUUGUAGGAGUAACAAAGAAGAAGAAGCUGCAUGCAAAGGCACUUUUGAACAUCUGACAGAGGAAUCAAAACCAACCAUGACAACCAAGAUGGAAGCGCUUGAUCCUUCAACUCUAUCAGAUGUCACCUCUACUGUCACCUACAACCCUAAGUCUGAGACGGUGGUCUUACCAGGAGGGGUUGUCUCAGUGGCUGGCAUCACCGUGGUGACCGGGGGUGCUGAGCUGUCAUGUGGAUCCUGCAUGCUGGCCUUUGGUUUCUGGGGAACUCUCAUCGGCAUCAGCUGUGUAUCUGUGGGGCUGUGGGACCAACUGAGCCAGUCUAAAGGGGGGACCUCUCACUUACUGGGACUGGGAUUUGUGAUUCUGUCCCUCAGUUUCGUGGUGGUGGGAAGCGUGGUGGCAUUUUACGUCAUGACAAAGAAGAAGAGAGAGAUGGCGCGGGAGGCGAGACAGGAUGGAAAGGAAGUUCUUGUAGAGAGUGGGAGGGUUAUUAAAAAGGUCACCGUAUAAAAAGAUGAAUGUCAGAAUAUAAGAGAAACUGAUUGCAUGCCUGCACAGAAUUCUGAAUGGACUGUAAAUAACGCUCAGUCAUAGUUGGCAGGAAAAAAAACAUUUCCUUUGUGCCUCAUUUACAAGACAAGGUCCCUCCCAGUCAGUCCCAAUCUGUAUCUCCUUAAACUAGAUUAAAUUAGAUUAAACUUCCCAGCAGUAUAUAAAGCAGAUGAAAUUAUUUUAGUCUCAUCCAGCUGCAAAAUGAUGUUUGCAAAUAAAUGCAUCAGUAUUAAUAUAAUUCAGUAUAUUACAAUGCUGCUGCUUGAUGAAUACUUUAUGUCUAAGUACGUCAUGCUGAUAGUACUUUCUAUACUUCUGCUUAAUGACUACAAAACAUUUACUUUAGUGUUUUUAUAUCAAGGUAUUGCUACUUUUAUUUAAGUAGCACAUACUUCUCCCACCACUGCCUACCACUGUCUGUUACUCACGAUGCCUCUAUUUCAUUCUCUUGACUGACAAUCUUACAUGCACAAUGUAGACAGACCAUGUAGAGUGUAAUGUAAUGUAAUAAAUGGACCACAUGUAAAAUGUAUAUGUUUGUGUGUGUCUGAGAGAGAUGGAGAGACAGAGAAAGAGAAAGGUAGGGAGAGAAAGAUAAAAACAUGAAUACCUGGAAGGUAGAGGGUACAGAUAAUAACGGGACUUUUUUUUUUUUUUUACAGAAUACAGAAGUCUGUUAGGAGGUUUGUUUACCCAAAUUAUGUGCAAAAGAACAGACUGUCUCAUUCCAGUAGUACCAUGCAAAUUUUUGAUGAUGUUUAUUUGCAUUAAAACCUCUUCCUACCAACACAUUUAACAUACAAGAGCUACUUACUGGAGUCACUGAGGGCCCCAAGAAUAAACUACUGUAAAAAAACAACAACCACCAUUGGGAAAAAAAUAGCUUAUUUCUUCUCAAAGCAUUGUUGGUUAUGUAAUUAGUGUCAUCUGAAAAAGAGAACACUGUGUCUUAAUGAGGAGUUUGACAUGAGAGCUAUGAAUAAACUGUAAUAAAUUCUAUAUGCUCUAUGUUUUAUGAUGGCUAUGUGAAUUUUGUAUAUUCAGUGUGCUUAGUGUGUCUUAUCUGUCUCUAUAGACACUGCCUUUAACUUGUAGUCCACUAUACCCAGGACCACGAUGUUUAGCCAAAUUGACUGGCGUGUUCUGCAUUAAGGCUCGUCAAGUGAUUUUCAUUUUGUAUUACUGCAUUCACUUGCUGUCUGUUCAUGCUUUGAAGAAGGUCUCUGACCAAAAACUUGCUUAUUUAAAAGAUUUUUGCACAGAUUUGAGAGUGCAGAUGUUUUUUUAUUCAGAGAUUAUUGUUUUUUUUUUGCAGGGAAUUGGUGUUUAUUUGCAUUAAAACACUGAACCCUC